UCCGACUCGCGUCACUUCCCGCUCCGCUUGACAAACUGGUGGAGCCUGGGCCCGGCCAGCUGGGGCUCUGAGCCUCCUCUACCGGCAUGUCUCUCCGCUGCGGCGGCGUCUCUGGCAUACUUGGGUCCCGGGUACUUGGAAACUACUUGUAUAGACAGUACAGAACAUUAAGUUCUUUGCCGGACAAAAAGAAAGAGCUCCUACAGAAUGGACCAGAUCUUCAGGAUUUCAUAUCUGGGGACCUUUCAGACAAGAACACCUGGGCUGAAUAUAAAGGAAAUUUGAAACGUCAGAAAGGAGAGAGGCUAAGUUUGCCACCCUGGCUAAAAACAGAGAUUCCUAUUGGAAAAAAUUACAAUAAGCUGAAAAACACGUUGCGGAAUUUAAAUCUCCAUACAGUAUGUGAAGAGGCACGGUGUCCCAAUAUUGGGGAGUGUUGGGGAGGGGGAGAAUUUGCCACUGCUACGGCCACAAUCAUGUUGAUGGGGGACACUUGUACAAGAGGUUGCAGAUUUUGUUCUGUUAAGACUGCAAGACGACCACCUCCAUUGGAUGCUAAUGAGCCCUAUAAUACAGCCAAAGCAAUUGCAGAGUGGGGGCUCGAUUAUGUUGUGCUGACAUCCGUGGAUCGAGAUGAUUUGCCUGAUGGGGGUGCUGAACACUUUGCAAAGACAGUUUCACAUUUGAAGGAAAGGAAUUCAAAUAUAUUAGUGGAAUGCCUGACUCCUGAUUUCCGAGGAGACCUUAAAUCUGUCGAGAUAGUUGCACAGUCAGGAUUAGAUGUGUAUGCCCAUAAUGUGGAAACUGUUCCAGAAUUACAGAGGAAAGUACGUGAUCCUCGAGCGAAUUUUAACCAAUCUCUAGAAGUAUUGAAACAUGCCAAGAAGGUUCGGCCUGACGUCAUUUCCAAAACAUCCAUAAUGUUGGGCCUGGGAGAGACUGAUGAACAAGUGUAUUCUACAAUGAAAGCACUGCGCGAGGCAGAGGUGGACUGUCUGACCCUCGGACAAUACAUGCAGCCAACCAAGCGUCUCCUCAAGGUAGAAGAGUAUGUUACCCCUGAAAAGUUCAAGUACUGGGAAAAAAUAGGAAAGGAACUUGGAUUUUAUUAUACUGCCAGUGGACCAUUAGUACGUUCCUCAUAUAAAGCCGGUGAAUUUUUCCUGAAAAAUCUAGUGGCAAAAAGGAAGACAAGAACCAUAUGAAUCUGUAAAUGAUAAGACAUCUUAACGGUCUUUUACAUUUGGUCCCACACCGUCAAGCGUCCUUAACACCAGAAACAAUUACAUCUGUUGGAAAUAGGCCCCAACUUUAUUUCACAUUCUUCAAGUAGUGAGUGGGCUUUUUUGUGAAUGAGUUUUUCCUCAUCUUCACCUGGAAGUUUAGCUUACUGAAAUAAAACCAUUAAACAACUUGGUAACAAUGUGAUGUUAACAGCAUAAUAAAAAUCUAUUAGGGGCUUUCAUCCAAAUGUUGCUUAUGCAUUACCACAUCUUAAUUGUGAAAAGAGGCUCCAAAGCAAAUAUUCACCAUCAGUCAUGACCAUGAUCUGUUGCCUUACCCUGAGGUUGUCCUUCAGCAGCACUGAAGUCAUUUGGGAAAAGUUUGUUCUGAAUGUGAUUUUACAUCAAUAUGAGUAUUAUACUGUGAAAGAUAAUUUUACAUUGUUACUAAAUUGCGGGAAGGGUUUAAAAGGACUGUUAAAGUUGUGUGUGGGGAGAGUUUUGAAGAAUUCUGAUUGGGCAGUUUGAUAGUGCAGUGCAUAGAGUACUGGCCAGAGUUAGGAAGACCUGGGUUCAAAUCCACUGUUAGAUACUUAACAUUUGUUAGCACUGUGACUCUGAGCAAGUCACUGAAUCCCAUUUGCCUUGGGGGGGAAAAAAAAAGAAUUCUGAUGAAGUAAGUAAAUCAGGAAAUUCUUUUUGUUAGGAAACUUUUUUUUUUUCCUUUUUAAGUAUUUUUUCCCCCUCAUUGCUUGGUAAGCAAUUUCUUUUAGUAAGGCAGUUGGGGUUAAGUGAUUUGCCCAGAGUCAUAUAGCUAAUUGUAAAGACAGAUUUUCAAUUUUUAACAUUUUUUUUAAUUGAGAUUUUCUUCUCUUCUUCCCCUUCUUCCCAAAACAAUCAGUAAUUGAUAUGUGUGCAAUCACGUAAAACUUAUUUUUAUAUUAGUCAUGUUGUCAAGAUGUAAUCCAAAAGGAAAAAGUACAAAAAAUCCCACAUGCAAAUAGUGCGCUUUGAUCUGUAUUCAGACUUCAGCAGUUCUUUCUCAAUCAGGAAAUAUUUAGAAUGUAACAAUGUCAGUUAUGUAUGUAUAUAUGUAUGUAUGUAUGGUGAUAUUAAAUAUAUUCAGUUGGGUAUUCAAUUAAAGUAUUUAAUCAUUGAAAAA